CCCACAUGUUGCUUCUGUUUACCAACGGAUGCUAGCGGCUUUCUAGUACACAAGUUAUAACGAAAAUUCUGAAAUAUGGGUGCUUUGGGAUCAAAGAAAGAAUACAAAUUUCCACGAAAGGGUGAGAAUUCGACUGAAACAGAUAAUUAUUAUGUUGAAAAGGUUGUAUGCAGAGAUGAGGAAUUUCAAGAUGGUAGUAUGGCAGAAUUUGACAUUGGCCAAGAUGGCAAAGUUCUUUUGGUAAAAGAGAAUGGAACUUAUUCUGCUUUAGGUCCUAAAUGUACCCAUUAUGGUGCACCUUUAAAAAAUGGUGUGUUAAUUGGAGGGAAAGUCAGGUGUCCUUGGCAUGGUGCUUGCUUUGAUAGUAAAACGGGAGAUAUUGAAGAUUUUCCAGGUUUAGACAGUUUACCAUGCUAUCAGGUCACUGUAGAAGACGGAAAUGUUAAAGUUAAAGCUCCGUUAUCUUCUCUGAAAAGCAAUAAGAGAGUGAAAGCUAUGACAAAACCAUCCCAUGCUAAUCCUGCUAUUUUUGUUAUUAUUGGUGGAGGUGCUGCUGGCCAUAUGUGUGCUGAAACUCUAAGGCAAGAAGGAUUUAAUGGAAAAAUAAUUUUAAUUUCUAAAGAGAAACAUUUACCAUAUGAUCGACCUAAGCUGAGCAAAGCACUUGACAGCAAACCAUCAGAUCUUUAUCUGAGAAAUGAAGAUUUCUACAAGAAAGCAGAUAUUUCAUUAAUGAUGGAAACAGAAGUAACUUCUGUUGAUCCAAAAGAAAAGUGGGUUGCAUGUAAUAAUGGAAAGUUGAUGGUAAAAUAUGAUAUGCUUAUGAUAGCAACUGGUGGCCAACCUAUAACACUGACUAUACCAGGCUCUGACUUACAAAAUAUAUGUUACCUGAGAACGCCAGAUGAUGGAUUGCAUAUAGCUAAAGAAAUUCCUGGCAAAUCAGUGGUUAUACUUGGAUCAUCCUUUAUUGGCAUGGAAGUUGCUUCUUAUAUGAUUUCUAAAGCAAGUUCUAUUAAUGUAAUUAGUCGGAAUUCCGUGCCUUUUGCUACUGUUUUUGGUAAAGAAAUAGGAGAACGAAUAAAACAUAUGUUUGAAGAGAAAGGAGUGAUUUUUCACAGUGGUAAGAAUAUUGUAAAGUUCAUUGGAACUGAUGGAAAACUGAAUGGUGUGGAAUUAUCGACAGGUGAAAUUCUGUCAGCAGAAGUUUGUGUUGUUGGUAUUGGUGUCAGACCAGCAACAGAAUUUUUGAAAGAAUCUGGUAUAGCCAUCAAUGAUAAAGGCCAUGUGAUAGUGAAUGAAAUGUUGGAAACAGACAUGAAAGGAAUAUUUGCUGGUGGUGAUAUUGUAGAGUUCCCAUUAACAUGCUAUGAUAACCAAAGAGUCAACAUUUCUCACUGGCAAAUGGCUUUGUCUCAUGGCCACACUGCUGCAUUAAAUAUGCUUGGGAAAAGUAAAGUCUUUCACUCCGUUCCAUUCUUUUGGAGUGCAAUGUGUGGGAGGAGUUUUCGGUAUGCUGGAUAUGGUGCAAAUUUUGAAGAGGUUAUAAUUAAGGGUGAUCUUGAGAAUUUACAGUUUGUUGCUUAUUAUUGCAUACAGUCAAAAGUUGUUGCAGUUGCUACAAUGAACAGAGAUCCAGAAGCAGCUCGCUUUGCUUCUUGUAUUAGCCUUGGAGAAACACUUUUAAAAAGCCAGAUUGAAUCGUAAAUAAUUGUGAAUCGCAUUUCUUUAAGCCAAUAAUUUGAUUUCAUGCUUUUUACUGAAAUGCUUUCAAUUUGAAAAGCAAAUUUCAUUUAAAAAUAGAUUUCAAAAUUAAUUGUAUUGUGGGCACUUAUAUUAUAGAAAUGCUUUUUGAAUUAUUGUGCCAAAAACCUAAAUGAUCUAAUUUGUUGAAUAAUAUUUUAUGAAGUUUGUAGAAGUUAAAUAUCAAAAUCAUUCAUUACACUGUUUUCAUGCACUCUUCAAGUUUUGAUAUUAGUUCUUGAAUGCUAAGUGUGAAACUUCAGUGUAAUUUAUUUUUUUGUUGCACAUUAAUAUAUCCUGGUUGUGAUAUCUCGUGAAAUCGGGUACUAAUUAUCUUAAUCUCUUUCAUAAAUUUUAUGAAAUAGAACUUUUUUUUUCCCAACCUCAGUUGAUCUGUAUGAAUGACAUACAAUACAAAAUUAUUUAGUUUUGAAAAAUGAUAUUUGUUUAGUACCUGGCAUUAAAUUUGUUAGUGUUCAUUUGUAUUUAGAUCUGAAUUUACAAUUAAAGUUUGUUAGUAUAGUGUUUUCCAUUCAAAUAAUGAUUUUUGGAAUUUUAUGUUUUUUUUUUUUUUUUUUUUUUAACUUGAAUACAUCAUAGUUUUAAACUGAAAUAGUUGUGUGUUGUUAAUAUAUGAGUGCAUUAAAUUGAAAUGUCUAAUAUUGUUUUGAAAGAUCUGAGAUCAUGCAUUUAAAAUUGGAAUUUAUUCAGCAUGGAAAAAGAAGUGUGUAUUUUUCUUCGUAAACCAAAUAUAACUGAUAUUUGUGAUUUAGAAAUAAUUUUCUAGCUUUGCAAUUUACUUAAUGAACUCUAUGGUGCCAUAUUCUAUUUGAAUUGCUGAAUAAUUAUUAAACAUUGAAAGCUUAGUAUAGUGUCCUAAUAUUUGUUGUAGCUGCAUAUCCAUUCCAUCUUUUAUAAUUUAACUCGCUACUUUUUAUAUAAUUCUGCUGUUAAAGUUAUAUAUAUAUAUAUAUAUUUUACUUUAUAAUUUUUUAUAUUUCCUUGAAUGUAUGCAUAUGAUUUUCAGAAUGUUGAUAAUCAUAAUAAUUUAAUUAAAAAGGGAAAG